AAUUUUUAGAUUCUUCUAAAAAGGGUGUGGUUUAUUUAAGUUUCGGUUCAAAUGUUCGCUCCUCAAUGUUGCCAAAAGAAACAAUACAGAUGUUCCUAAAUGUGUUUGCCAAAUUACCUUAUGAAGUCCUAUGGAAAUGGGAAACAAAUGAACUUCCAGGAAAAACAGACAAUGUUAAAACAGCUCAGUGGCUACCGAAAUCGGAUCUUUUAAGGCAUCCGAAUAUAAAAUUAUUUAUAACGCAAGGAGGAUUACAAUCAACAGAUGAAGCAAUCACUGCCGGAGUACCACUUGUCGGCAUACCAAUGUUUGCUGACCAAUGGUACAAUGUUGAAUUGUACGAAUAUCAUCAAAUUGGUCAGGCGCUUUAUAUGGAAACAAUAACUGAAGAAAAACAAUUACAUGCUAUACAUACUGUCAUUGAUAAUAUAAGUUACAAAGAAAACGUAAUAAAACUUCGUGAAUUAUUGAAUGAUCAACCAGAGAGUCCUCUAGAGAGAUCAGUGUGGUGGAUAGAAUACGUCCUGAGGCAUGGUGGGGCGAAGCAUCUACGGGCACCGAAUGCUAACAUGUCCAUGUACGAGUUCUAUGAAAUAGAAUUUUUACUUAAAUUAACGGCGCUGGUACUUUUAUCCUGUGUAGUACUUAUUGCAACUUUGUAUUAUAUGUAUUUAGGAUUAAUUUUAGGCUUACGUAAGCCUAAAAUUAAAUCUUUUUAA